CACACACAAUUUAUAAUAUAAAAUAAAAUAUUUUAUUAUUAUUUUAUAUAUAAAAUUUUAAUUUUUAAAAUAAAAUAACACAAAUUAAAUAAAUAAAUAUUAUAAAUUAUAAGCACCAAAAAAUAAACAAAGUAAUAUAAAAAAAUCAAUCAACCAUAAUAAAUAUAAUAUAAUAGAAUGACAACAUUAUAUGAUGUUAUCGUUGUAGGUGGUGGUUUAGCAGGUUUAAAUGCAGCAUAUGAAUUUAAAAAAUCAGGUUUAAAUGUUUUGGUUCUUGAGGCUAGAGAUAGAUUUGGAGGUAGAACCGAGUCAAUUAAAGUAGAUGAAUAUUGGUUUGAUUUAGGUGGACAAUGGAUGGGUGGUACACACAAAUAUUUAAAACAAUUAUGUGACGAGUUGGGAGUUAAAUCAUUCCCACAAUAUGAUGAGGGUAAACAUGUUUUAGAAAUUAAUGGAAAGAAGGUAUAUUAUUCAGGUAAUAUUUCAACAUUAAACAAGGGUUACGAUUUAGAAGGAUUAAAUGAAACUAUUCAAAAGAUUGACGAGUUAGCUAGCGAAUUAAAUCCAGAGGCACCACAUGCCCAUCAAAAGUCCAGAGAGUACGAUCAUUUAACAGUCAGUGAAUGGCUCGAUAGAAAUACUAAAGGUAUUGAUGCUAAAUCUAUUAUUAAUUGGUUCUGCCGUGUAUGCGUUGCUGCUGAGCCAUCAGAAGUUUCAUUUUUAUAUUUCCUCCAUUUCAUCCGUACUGCUGGAAGCUAUAGUUUAUUGGCUGAUAUUCAUGGCGGUGCUCAACAAGAUCGUUUAAUUGGUGGUUCACAACAAAUAUCUGAAGGUUUAGCUAAAAAAUUAGGUUCUUCUAGUUUUGCACUUAAUUCACCAGUACGUGCCAUCUCCCAAGAUGCCAAUCAAUGCUCUGUUAGAACUGAUCUUACUACAUAUCGUGCUAAAUAUGUAGUAGUUGCAAUCCCACCAACUCUUGCUGGUCGUAUCGAUUAUAAACCACCAAUGCCAGCUAAACGUGAUGAACUUACUCAACGUAUGCCAAUGGGUUCAGUUAUAAAAACAAUUGUUAUUUAUGAUGAACCAUUCUGGAGAAAAGAGGGUUACUCCGCCGAAGCUAUAUCUGAUCAAGGUCCAAUUUUUAUUUGUUAUGAUGACUCUAGUCAUGAUGAUAAAAAAACUGCUAUCGUUGGUUUCAUUGCCGCUUCAGCUGCUAAAGAUUGGGCAGAGAAAUCACCAGAAGAAAGAAAACAAGCCGUUUUAGAAUGUUAUGCUCGUUGGUGGGGUCCAAAAGCUUUAAAACCACGUUACUUUUUAGAAAAAAGUUGGAAAGAAGAAGAAUAUUCACGUGGUUGUUACGUUGGUUACACCAGUCCAGGUAUUUUAGGUCAAUGUGGUGAAGCUCUUCGUAAACCAGUUGGUCGUAUUCAUUGGGCUGGUACAGAAACUGCCUCAGCUUGGGUUGGUUAUAUGGAAGGUGCUCUUGAAUCCGGUUUUAGAGUUUCCAAAGAAAUUAAACAAAGAUUAACAAAUUCAAAAUUAUAAAAUUAAAAUUGUUAUAAUUAC